CCUCUCUCUCUCUCUCUCUCUCUCUCUGUCUCUCGCCCACUCUCCUCUUUACUUGUGUCUCCCCUCUCUCUCCUCCAGCCCUCCCCUUCUCUUCUUCUGUGUAUCUGGUUUUUCAUUCCUUUCCAUUGUCAUCUCGGACACGGUGCGUUCUGAGUGUGGGUGUUCGGAGAUCCACUUGUUUCGCAGGACCAACUGGGGAGGAGACGAGGACACACGGGAAGCGGGAGCUAUCCGUUCUGUUGCUGUUUGAACGUUGUAGUUGUUAGGAUCCCAACAUUUCUUUCGUGUUUUCCUUACCUGAAGCAUCUCUUCAUCGUCCGAACUCUCCCUCGCCUGAGCUAUUGGACGUCCUGAGCCGCCGGCGGCAGAAGGGGAAUUGAGGAGGGAGAUCGUAGGACAAAUGGAAAACAAAAACAUACUGCUGUCGGCGAUAGGAGUAGGGGUGGGAGUGGGAGUGGGGCUGGGGUUAGCGUCGGGGCAGACAGUAAGCAAAUGGGCGGGGAGUUCUUCGGCAGACGCUAUCACUGCCCAGAGGAUGGAGCAGGAGAUGCUCAGGCAGGUUGUUGAUGGCAGAGAUAGCAAAGUCACCUUUGCUGAGUUUCCGUACUACCUCAGUGAGCGGACACGGGUACUACUAACAAGUGCUGCUUAUGUCCACCUGAAGAAUGCUGAUGUUUCCAAGUACACUCGGAAUCUCUCACCUGCUAGUCGAGCUAUCUUGCUUUCUGGCCCUGCAGAACUCUAUCAGCAAAUGUUGGCCAAGGCUCUAGCUCACUACUUUGAGGCCAAGUUGCUGCUGUUAGACGUGACAGAUUUCUCGCUCAAGAUCCAGAGUAAGUAUGGCAUCAACAAGGAACUUAGCCUGAAAAGAUCCCCAUCAGAAUCAACACUGGAGCGUUUAUCAGGCUUGUUUGGAUCAUUUUCAAUCCUUCCAGCGAAGGAAGAACUUAAAGAUUUUUUAUCAGCUGCUGGAGGUUUAAGGAGGCAAAGCAGCGGAGUGGACAUUGCAUCAAGAGCGCAGGAGGGUCUCUCUAAUGCUCCAAAGCUUCGAAGAAAUGUCUCUGCCUCAGCUAAUAUCUGCAAUCUUGCUUCACAAACAGCCCCUACAAAUCCAGCUCCGCUUAGGCGCACAAGCAGCUGGUCCUUUGAUGAGAAGCUCUUCAUUCAGACUCUUUACAAGGUUCUUGUCUAUGUAUCAAAAACCAGCCCGAUUGUUCUAUACCUUCGGGAUGUCGACAUGCUCUUGUUUAGAUCUCAGAGGCUGUACAACCUUUUCCAAAAGAUGCUCCAGAAACUCUCUGGUCCUGUUCUUAUCCUUGGCUCGCGGAUUCUGGACCCGGGUAAUGACUAUGGGGAGGUAGAAGAGAGGCUGACCGCCCUCUUCCCUUACAACAUUGAGAUUAGGCCUCCUGAGGAUGAGAACCACCUUGUCAGCUGGAAAUCCCAACUGGAAGAUGAUAUGAAGAUGAUUCAAGUACAAGAUAAUCGGAAUCAUAUCUUGGAAGUUCUUGCAGCAAAUGAUCUCGAUUGUGAUGAUCUCGACACUAUUUGCCUGGCAGACACGAUGGUUCUGAGUAAUUACAUAGAGGAGAUUGUUGUCUCAGCAAUUUCCCACCACCUGAUGAACAAUAAGAAUCCCGAGUAUCGGACUGGGAAGCUUCUGAUUUCAUCCGACAGUCUGUCCCAUGGAUUGAAUAUUUUCCAGCAAGGAAAGUCGUGUAACAGGAAUACCCUGAAGUUGGAAGCACAGGCUGAAAAAUCCGAGGACUCUACAGGAGCUGCUGUGGGUGUAAAACCUGCAACGAAGGCUGAAAGCCUAGCUGCUGAAAAGAGAAGCGGAGUGGAUACAUCAGCUACAGCGACAAAGGUAGAUAAUGCAACUGCGGCUCCUGCAUCCAAAGCUCUUGAAGUUCCUCCUGAUAAUGAGUUCGAGAAGCGGAUUAGGCCAGAGGUCAUCCCUGCUGGUGAAAUCAACGUGACAUUCGCUGACAUCGGAGCCCACGAUGAAAUCAAAGAAUCUCUUCAAGAGCUCGUAAUGCUUCCUCUCCGAAGGCCUGAUCUGUUCCUUGGAGGCCUUUUGAAGCCUUGUAGAGGGAUUCUGCUGUUCGGACCACCUGGCACGGGGAAGACGAUGCUCGCCAAAGCCAUAGCCAAGGAGGCCGGAGCAAGUUUCAUCAACGUAUCCAUGUCCACCAUUACUUCCAAGUGGUUUGGGGAGGACGAGAAGAACGUCCGGGCCCUGUUCACUCUGGCGGCAAAGGUUUCCCCAACUAUUAUCUUUGUGGAUGAGGUUGAUAGCAUGCUUGGGCAAAGGACAAGGGUAGGGGAGCACGAGGCCAUGCGGAAGAUAAAAAAUGAGUUUAUGACCCACUGGGAUGGCCUACUCACAAAGCCUGGGGAGCGUAUUCUUGUCCUUGCUGCGACUAACAGGCCGUUCAACCUUGAUGAGGCAAUUAUCAGGUGUUUCGAGCGAAGAAUCAUGGUUGGUUUACCAACCGUGGAGAACAGGGAGAAGAUAUUUAGAACGCUUCUAGCGAAAGAACAGAUCGAAGAAGGAUUGGACUUCAAGGAACUUGCAACGAUGACUGAAGGAUAUACUGGAAGUGACCUCAAGAAUCUGUGCACAACAGCUGCUUACCGGCCAGUAAGGGAGCUGAUACAGCAAGAGAGGUUGAAGGACCUGGAGAAGAAGCAAGGAGCUGCAGAGGACAAGAACUCGGAGGUGACUCGGGAUACAAAAGAAGAAAGGAAAGAGGAAAGAGUAAUCACCCUCAGGCCUCUGAACAUGGAAGAUUUCCGGGAAGCAAAGAAUCAGGUUGCUGCUAGCUUUGCAUCAGAGGGAUCGAUAAUGGGCGAGUUGAAGCAGUGGAAUGAGCUGUACGGGGAGGGAGGAUCCAGGAAGAAGCAGCAGUUAUCUUACUUCCUGUGAGAAAAUUAACGAUCCCGUCGCAGUGUGUAGAAAAUGGUCCAAGUCAGUAUUACCUCAGUCGUCAGGGAACUUCGGAGGACAUCAAAGUAGCACUGAAGGGUUAGAAUCACUGGUUGUGCAGAAUCUGUUGGAAUAAAAGGACGGAACUUUCUGAAGGAGGUCGUCCUCAAGGUCUGUUAGGGAAUUGAAUUCCGGUUCAGUAACAGUACUAGUGGUAGCAUAUGGGUAUUGUGGUGCUUUAGGAUUUAAUAGAAGUGGAUGUAGGCUUCCGGCUUCACCGGGUGUAGGAACUCGGUAUGGUGGUCGGGGUAUAGGAACUCAGGUGUGGUGAUACCGUAUUCGUUCUUGUGAUCAACAAUUUGUUGGUUGUGCACUCGUGGCUGAACAAACUGCUCUGUACUUGCAUGGAAGGUUCCACUUCCAUGUAUGAGUAGGAAGAAUUUUUACCUGAUCCCUAUUAUCCUA